AUGGGCAUAAAUUUUGGAUUUGUACAAUCAGCAGCACUGGGCACUGGAUUGAUAGGACAUACGAUACUUCUUAAUAUUACACCACGCCUUUUUGCGAUUAAUAUACGAGCCACAAUAUUUGGUUGCUGCCACUCUACCGGACAAUUUGGCGCUCUAAUAUGCUACCUGAUAUUCUUUCUUGACGCCACAGAUCAUAUAGCGCUUGUCUUAAUACAAGUGGGAUUUACGUUCGUACUAACAGCGUUAUGUUACAUCAUUCCUGAUGUAGACGCACGAGAACUACCCGAUGUUAUGGAAGAUAUGGACUAUUUCUCCGAGUAA